GGCAGCAGAGAAAACUUGCAACAAACCACCAGAAAAUCACCUAAACGCGUGACAAUGGCGGAUGUCACGCAGCAGAGGAGGUCGCUCCUUAGGGACGCGGCUGCUUUACAUCAUCUGCCCUCGGAUUUAUUGCAAACUCUUUCGCAAUACCCCUCCGCAAACUCUCUCGAUGCUGUGGCUACCGCCGCAUUGAGCCCGCCACUUACAGAACGAAUCUUUGUUCACUUUGAGCUACUAUUUCCAGAUAUUGUUGCAAGAUGGGUGCUUGCUGCGAAUUCAUCUGACCAAAUAAUACAGACAGCCUCUGCAUUGGCUAGAAUAUUACCCUUUGCGCCCUACCUCGCCGCCUUUAUACACAGUGAACCCUCCACCUCCAACGCCGCCCCGCGAGUUGACAAGCUCAGUCUUCGAAUUCCACAGCCGGAAACAGUACUGUCACAAAAUAACGAUGAAACAUCUCUUACGAGCCUUGUUACAACAUGGCGUCUGCUCAACUUCGACUUUCUCCUCUUCAACUCCUCCGUUUCACCUGCCCAGAUGCAGGCGCUUUUCACACAUUCGAGCAGAGCGAUCCGAUACAUGGCAAUCCGCAUAUUCUGUAUGCUUAUGCGUGCGUCGGACUUCAAGAUGGAAGCACUUGUUGACAAGCAUCUCGGAAACGAACCUGUCAUGGGUAAUCUGGAUGGCAAGACAAUUGACUUCUGCUUCAUCUCUCUUGCCGAACACCAGCGGGCCAACAUUGUGCUGGAUCUUAGAGCACAGGCUACAGAAUCGACAGGCGACGAAUCUCCCUCGACGAAUACCCUUAUAACUCUGACGCCGUAUGUUAUGGCAUAUGGAAAGUCACUUCUUCCCAGACCUCGAGGGCCGACAGGCGAGGCUUCAAAUCUCGUACUCACACCCACCACAAUUGCAAAUCUCGAGCAGUUGGCUUCGAAGCUUCAAAAGCAACAACCGAUAUUGAUACAUGGCGCACCGGGUGUUGGAAAGACUGCUGUCAUUCACGAGAUCGCCAAACAACUGGGCAUGUACGAGUCCAUGGUGACCCUGCAUUUGAACGAACAGACGGAUGCAAAAAUGCUGAUUGGCCUCUAUUCCACCGAUUCAAAGCCUGGUAGCUUUCAGUGGCGACCGGGAGUGUUGACAACAGCCGUUCGAGAAGGGCGAUGGGUCCUCGUCGAAGAUCUCGAUCGCGCGCCAACAGAGGUUCUCAGCACCCUGUUGCCUUUGAUUGAGAGAAACGAGUUAUUCAUCCCGAGUAGAGGAGAAACAGUACAUGCAGCGAGCACUUUCCGCUUAUUUGCCACAGUCAGAACUAGCCGAGGCAUGAAUGGCCAAGAAAAUCUCCCCAGCUUGGUUGGUAUGCGCUUCUGGCAGACCAUGUCUACUGUACAACUCACAGAUGGCGAACUGGAAACAGUUGUCCUCCAAUCCUAUCCCAUUCUUAAAAAGUUUAUUCCUGGCAUCUUGGCUGUACACAACAGAUUGAGCGCCAUUACCAAAUCACCACUCGGCUCAGGUCGCAGCAGAAGUAUGAUGGAUAGGCAAAUCACCCUUCGAGAUCUUUUAAAAUGGUGCCGAAGAUUACAAGAGUGCUUAUUUAGCGCUGGAUCUGUGACUGGAGAGGAGCCUAUAACGGAAACCACACGAGACUGGAUGUUUAUGGAGGCUAUCGACUGCUUUGUGGGUAGCUGCCCGGACAUUGACGCAAGCAACCAGCUCGUUUAUGCCGUUGCUGAAGAGAUGCACUUAUCUAAAGAACGUGCUGAUCAUUACAUUGCCGCCAAUAUCCCAUUAUUGAAAGACACAGAGUCGCAAAUUCAAAUCGGCCGUGUGAGCUUGAAGAAGCAAGUGGUGCUCGACCGGGCUGCGAAAAAUAAGCGCCCAUUUGCUAGUACAGUUCACGCUAAACGACUUCUGGAGCAAAUUGCCGUGGCAGUAAAACUCAGUGAACCAGUUUUACUUGUGGGAGAAACUGGUAUCGGCAAGACCACGGUUGUUCAACAGCUCGCUGAAUCGCUGGGUAACAAGCUUGUGGCUGUCAAUUUAUCGCAACAGAGUGAAGUUGGCGAUCUCCUUGGUGGUUUUAAGCCUGUGAAUAUAAGAGCUCUUGCUAUACCUCUGAAAGAGGAAUUCGAUGAUCUCUUCACAGCCACUGGCAUCUCGGCGACGAAGAAUCAGAAAUAUCUGGAGCAGAUUGGCAAAUGUCUGUCGAAAAGCCAAUGGUCUAAACUUUCUAAGCUGUGGAAAGAGGCCCCCAAGAUGUUUACGAAGAUACUAGAGGAGUUACAGCGGCGUAGCGAGAAGGAGGAACUGGACUUCGCAGACGACGGAUCACAGCCUACAAAACGCCGCAAGACAGAAUCCAAACUGCAAACACUGUUAGAACUUAAGCCACGAUGGGAUCUAUUCGCCACCAACUUGGAGCAAUUUGAUAUCCAGGUAUCUGCGGGCCCAGGAGGCUUUGCCUUCUCCUUCAUGGAAGGCAACCUUGUCAAAGCUGUGCGCCACGGCCACUGGGUCUUGUUGGAUGAAAUCAACUUGGCUUCGGCUGACACUCUCGAGAGCAUUGCGGACCUGCUGACCGGACCAAAUGAACGACCAUUCCUUCUGCUUUCCGAGACGGGUGAGAUUGAGAAGGUAACCGCACACCCCAACUUCCGUAUUUUUGGUGCCAUGAACCCGGCAACAGAUAUCGGUAAAAGGGACUUGCCAAUUGGUAUCCGUUCCAGGUUUACAGAGAUAUAUGUUCGCAGUCCAGACACCGACAUUAAGGAUCUCUUGACGAUUAUAAAGACCUACCUUGGAAGCACGAGCAACAAAAAUGACCAGGCUGCAGACGAUAUUGGUCGUCUGUAUCUCAAUACUAAACGGCUUGCCGAAGAAAAGCGUAUAGUUGACGGCGCAAACGAAGUUCCGCAUUUCAGCUUGCGAACCCUUACCCGAGUUCUCACCUACGUCAAUACUAUUGCACCCUUCUACGGCAUUAGGAGAGCUUUAUACGAAGGCUUUUCUAUGGGUUUCCUCACACUUUUAGAAAGAGAGUCAGAGAAGAUGCUCAUGCCGCUCAUCCACCACCACUUAUUGGAUAAGCACGGUAAUGCACAAUCUCUCCUCUCGCAGCCCCCGAAGCAUCCCGCCGAUGGCAAGCAGUACGUAAAGUUUCAGAAUAACGCACACGAUCGACAAUAUUGGCUUUUCCAGGGUGAAGAGUCUGUUGUUGAAAGAGAUGACUAUAUUAUUACGCCAUAUGUCGAGCGCAACUUGCUGAACCUGGUUCGAGCAACAUCAACGCGACGAUUCCCUAUCCUUAUCCAGGGUCCAACUUCAGCAGGAAAAACCAGUAUGAUUGAGUAUCUCGCAAACUUCACCGGCAACAAGUUUGUGCGUAUCAAUAAUCACGAACAUACCGAUCUGCAGGAAUAUCUCGGCACAUACGUUUCUGGUAUGGACGGCAAGCUGCGCUUUCAGGAAGGUAUUCUGGUGCAGGCAAUGCGCAAAGGCCACUGGAUUGUUCUUGACGAGCUUAAUCUGGCACCUACCGAUGUGCUCGAAGCUCUCAAUCGUCUCCUGGAUGAUAACCGCGAGCUUCUGAUCCCUGAAACGCAAGAAAUCGUCAAGCCCCAUGAGAACUUUAUCCUCUUUGCCACACAAAAUCCUCCUGGCCUCUACGGCGGUCGUAAGGUCCUUUCUCGAGCUUUCCGUAACCGAUUUUUAGAACUUCAUUUCGACGACAUCCCGGAAGAUGAGCUCGAGUAUAUUCUCCAACAGCGCAGCCGCAACACAUCACCACCAGACUGUCGCCGCAUCGUAUCCGUUUAUAAAGAGCUUUCUAGGCUUCGUCAAACCAGCAGACUUUUCGAACAAAAAGACAGUUUCGCUACCUUGAGAGAUCUUUUCCGAUGGGCGCUUCGAGAAGCCGAUACCAGAGAGGAGAUAGCAUGUCAUGGCUUUAUGUUGCUGGCCGAGCGCGUUCGUAAUGAUGAAGAGAGAGAUGCCGUUAAGGAGAUCAUUGAAAAGGUGUUCAAAGUUAAAAUUGACCCUGCAGAGCUGUACUCAGCAAAAGCGGCGCCAGAACUGAAGCAUAUUAUGUCGUUGAACAACUCACAAGGCGUGGUUUGGACACAAGCAAUGCGCAGACUCUACGUUCUUGUCUCCCGGGCACUGCGGAACAACGAACCUGUUCUUCUAGUAGGAGAAACAGGUUGUGGUAAAACAACCGUGUGUCAGUUGCUUGCGGAAGCAAUUUCAAAAGAUUUGCAUAUUGUCAACGCGCACCAGAACACAGAAACAGGCGAUUUAAUUGGCUCUCAACGACCAGUCCGCAACCGUGGGAACAUCACGGCUGCGUUAGAAGCUGAUCUGAAUAUUGCACUAACUAACGCGAGACUGGACGUGCCUGAGAAUCUGGAAGACAAGCUUACCGCAUACGACACUAUCGCUAGAGAUACACUGGAUGCAUCAUUGCACGAACGUAUCACAGCCAACUUGAUACGCAGCAAAGCUCUCUUUGAAUGGUCUGAUGGUGCUCUCGUGGAAGCCAUGAGAGAUGGCAGCUAUUUCCUUCUCGACGAAAUCUCACUGGCGGACGAUUCUGUUUUGGAAAGACUCAAUUCAGUCCUUGAACCUAGCCGAACGCUCCUACUGGCUGAGAAGGGAACAGACGAUUCCUUCGUUCGAGCCUCUGAUGGAUUCCAGUUUUUCGCAACUAUGAACCCUGGUGGUGAUUUUGGCAAGAAGGAACUAUCACCGGCUCUCAGAAACCGCUUUACUGAGAUCUGGGUACCCCAGCUUUCUGGUGAUGGAGACAUCUACGAAAUUGUGAGAACGAAAUUGACUGAAGAAGCGAAGCCACUUACUACGAUCAUGGUGGACUUUGCUACCUGGUUUGGCCGAACCUUCCGCCCAAUGGCUACAACAUUCUUCUCUGUUCGAGAGAUCCUUGCCUGGGUACAGUUUGUGAAUGCCUCAAAUAUGGGUGAUUUACAGAUUGCAAUGAUCCACGGAGCGUCAGCAAUCUUUAUUGACAGUAUAGGUGCAAACCCAUCCGCGAUUUUGGCGUCAGAUAUGUCAACUAUUCAACAGCAGCGCGCACAGUGUUUUGAAAAGCUGGGCCAAAUCAUGGAAUUUGAUGCGCUAUCCAUCUUCAACACGCAACCAAAGUUAAUGCUCAAUGAUGAAACUUUCUCAAUCGGACCAUUUAGCGUCGAUCGCAACUCGGCGAUGGAGUCAUCGUCUGAGUUUGCUUUCCACGCGCCGACUACCCAGCUGAACGUCAUGCGUGUUGUACGCGCACUGCAAAUGAAAAAGCCUAUCUUGUUGGAAGGCAGCCCCGGUGUAGGCAAGACGACUCUAGUCACAGCUUUGGCACAAAUUUGUGGCCGUCCUUUGACUAGAAUUAACCUGUCAGACCAAACCGAUCUCAUGGAUCUAUUUGGUACCGAUGUGCCGGUCGAAGGCGCUGAAGCAGGAAACUUCACCUGGCGAGAUGCCCCGUUUCUGCAAGCGAUGCAAAAAGGAGAAUGGGUGUUGCUCGACGAGAUGAACUUGGCAUCGCAGUCCGUUCUCGAAGGUUUGAACGCCUGUUUAGAUCACCGUGGUGAGGUUUACAUUUCCGAACUCGACCAAGUCUUUAAACGUCACCCGGAUUUCAGACUCUUCGCUGCGCAAAAUCCCCAUCAUCAAGGUGGUGGCCGUAAGGGUUUACCCGCGUCUUUCGUCAAUCGCUUUAUUGUGGUCUACGCCGACACCUUCACUGAAGAAGAUUUGCUGCUUAUCGCUGGUCACAAUUUCCCAAGUCUCCCAUCUGAUGUUGUUUCCAAGCUGAUCCAAUUUGUAUUUGCCAUUGGCCAUCAACUUAUGGUAACCAAGUCGUUUGGUGCACAAGGUGCACCAUGGGAGUUCAAUUUGAGAGACGUACUCCGUUGGCUGCACUUGUUAAGCUCUAAGGAUCCAGUCUUCAAAGCUGCCGAGUUGGAUGACUUCAUUGACAUCGUUAUUCGCCAGCGUUUCCGUGCAGAAAGCGACCGAUCCCAAGUGGAUGCGCUUUUUGCCAGCAUUUUUGGUAAAGCUCCUCGCCAACACCAUCUUUACCAUGACUUGAGCUCUACUUCAUGCCAAGUCGGUUUGGCAACACUGGAAAGAAAUCUAUCCUCCCAACCAGAGCGACUUCCUUGCUUGAAUAUUGUUCCCCGCCUAGCCGAGCUUGAAACCUUGAUGAUUUGCGUAAAGCAAAACAUUCCAUGCAUCCUGACGGCCCAAUCUGGAUACGGCAAGACAGCCUUGCUUGAGCAUGUGGCGGCUAUAUCGGGCCGCUCGCUCGCGGUUUUCCCGAUGAAUGCUGAUGUUGAUACCAUGGAUCUUGUAGGCGGGUUUGAGCAGGCAGACCCGUUGAGAGAGGUGAAUGUCGCAGUGCGAAGCGCACGAGAGUUCUUGCGAAGCUCUAUCACGUCUGUUGUGCCAUCGAUGCUUCCUGAGGCUGUCCUUGAUCUUCUUCAUCAGCUGCACUCUUUCAAUGGCACCGGAGAUAACAUCGAGAGGGUACAAAGCGCCAUUGCUACAGUCUUAGAGAGCACUGCUGCGAACUCUGAAGCUGCCGAGAAGCUACUGCACUUGCAUCAUUUGCUGAGCCAGCCCUUGUCACUAGAAGCACCGAGAUUUGAGUGGCUCGAUGGUAUCAUCAUCAAGGCUCUCGAAGCUGGUCAAUGGCUUGUUCUUGACAAUGCAAACCUUUGCAAUGCUUCAGUCCUCGAUCGUCUCAACUCCUUACUCGAACCGAAAGGAUUCUUGAGUGUGAAUGAACACUGUGGCCCAGCGGGCGAACCUCGAAUUGUUUAUCCCCAUCCUGAUUUCAGAGUCUUCCUCACCGUCGACCCUCGAUAUGGUGAACUGUCAAGAGCUAUGAGAAACAGAGCCGUGGAGAUCAACCUAUGUGAUGAGCCGCCUACGCUUGAUGCGUGCUUGAACAAGAUCUCCCCAGUAGAAAGUGCCCUGCAAAGGUACCACAGCUUUCUUCAAUCUGAGCAGCUCUGUGAUGACAACGUGCGAGUUAACAACCUGUCAAUCAAUGACUUGGGUCUUCUUAGCCGAUUUAUUGAAUUCCAACGAGAGACUGGGCAGAAAUCAUCCAAAACAGAAAGUCUGCUCUAUUUUCUACAAUCCCAGGACGGCAAUGUUUCCCACGCUGCCAUCAAUCAGCUUUACUCAGGGCUUUCAGAGAGCGGACUCACCGAUGGGUUCAUCCAAACGCAACCGUUACAUCCCUUGCUUAAUUUCAACAUAUCACGAUUAGCCCGGGAUACAUCAUCCGCUCACCAUGUUGCUGUUAUCUUUGAGGUGUCGGAAUCGUUGUACCGGAUCGAACGACAAAUCGACCACCACAGAGCUCAAGCCAAAACCUCCAAACUCAGUGCUCUUUCUCGCCUAGAACGAUCUCUCAUUAGCGAGAAGGUUGUUGCAGUGUCAAAAGACAGCACCGUUGGUGUAGAAGCGUUCUUGCAUCUCACUUUGAACUUUGUGCGCGAUUAUCUUAAGCAAUCAAAUGCUGCAGAUUUCCAGGAGCAGUCACAUAUUCUUCGCUUACUGUUAACAUUCGUCGAGCGGACUAUCACUCUCACAAACGCCAACUGGUUUGACGAAGCCCUCUUUCAAGCACAUUUGGGACAAGGAACUGCGAUGAUUCAAACACAGGCGGCAUCAAUUCAUGCUGAAAGCGGAUCGGCUUUCUUGACUCAAGUUAUGGGUGCUUUAGAUGCUAAAUUCACAAGUGGUUUUAAACUAUCCACUGGCUUAAGCAUGGAGCAACUUUGGAUGUAUUUCCGACCAGUCCCUAUUGAGCAGAAGCACGUCUUCGACCAAAAUUUACGACUUGAUGCUCUUGGUGUUCGAUUCGACGAACUAAAAUGGAAGACUGAUGCUCCGAUUGUUGAUUUGGCAAAGGCCCAAAAUAUGCUGGCGCAAGCAUACCGAAUCACCCGCGUGUCAACCACGUCGGUUGAUGAGCUGCUCGACGAUAUUGAAAAGGAAAUCCAGGUGUUAGAGACAAGAAUUGGAGACGCUGCACAAGAAUUCCGCCCAUACUUCGCCGAAGAUUUUGAACGGCUUAGACAAGUUUCCCUGCUUCAGGAUGGCCAAACUGAAUCUGCGAAGAGCCAACAACUAUCGAUACUCUCCAACCUACCGGCUAGGGUGGGUAUGAUGCUAGAGAGUAGCAGCAACAUGGGUCGAAACCUGGAAUAUGUCGCCUAUUUCGGCUCUUCUGACACCUAUGUGUGGGAUGGCCAGCUUCUUACAUCAACCUGGGGACGUCUAGCCAACUUGGAUAGCGUACCGCUCAAAGGUCUCGCGCUUCUUGAGACGGAGCUGCCAGCACUUGGCCGGCAAGUCUCAUCUACUGUGGCUGAAAUUACCGCAAAUCACCUAGAGAAGGUGAAUGACUUGUUGCAUAAACUGAUUAUCGACGUUUUCAAUGCCCAUAGUCCCGAUGCCGCCCUUUUAAUCAGCCAGAUCUUUGACCGCAUAUCCGAGGCACACUUGCCAUUCUCAGAGUUUGACGCCCAGGUCUUAAAAGACUCCCCAGCACUUGCGGCUUCGAUCGAUCAACUCGAACCAGUUCAUCUUCAAAGUACUUUGCUUAAGUAUUUUGUCCCUGCCAUUGCCGCUAUGCUGGAAGCAAGAAGGAAUCCGGUUUCUUCUGCACUUUUCUCCGGUCUUGCCUGGGUAUAUGCUACGACUGGUUUUACAAGCCUGUAUAUCCCUGAUCGAAUCCUUGACCCCCAGUUGCGACCAAAGAUGGAACGAGAAUUUUUGCAGCAGGUAAAUACUUCCAUCGAAGAUGAGAUGAACAGUAUCCGCGACUUCGAAAUGAUCUUCACUGGCCAAGACACAAACGUACGGCUGCAAAUGCUACGCGAAGAGUUGGACGAUAUGGGACCUCUCCCAGAAGCUGUACAACCUAUCUAUAGACCAGAUGAAUCACAGCUCAGUCACCUUCAUGCAGAGUUUACCAACAUUCUUAAGGCUGUUUUGGAUCCGAAGACGAUUCCAGCACUCAAAGCUACUGCGGCGGACGCGCUAAGCAGCGACAGUGGUCUCGAUUUACUCAAAGAGAAUGUACGACGACUCUUCAGCCGGUUGCUAUCCCGGUUUGAAGCGUAUCAAGAUUUGACCCGACCAGCUGCAAAUUUCCUUCGAUGCUUCCUUAUCGGACUUUCACUCUGCGAUGCUGCAGCUGCUAGCGAUGUCCAGCAGGCAACUAGCGAGCUGCUUCGAGUCGUACCAUUUGCCAAUGGUUCCGUGGCAGGAAUGUUGCAGCUAUCAACCAUUGACAAUACAUUUGAAUAUCUUGAUGCUCUUUCCACUAGGAUUGCAGUGGAAGGUCUUAAGAACCUCGCGCCAGCAGCUUGUCAGGGAUUAUUCCAGUGCUUUCACACGUUCUUUGAAGAGUGGAAUAAACGCCUUGAAUCAGACAAAAAGGCAGAAGAAGCCAAGACCAGCCUGUACAAAUUCCGCGGUUCUUUGGAAGACGAAGAAGAGCAUGAUGCUGAAGAGUUCAACGAGUUGUUUCCCACAUACGGUGAUGAGGAACCAAUGACACGUUCUACCCAACUAGACGAUGUACGCAAAGCGUCUGUACGAGUCGCUACCAUUCAUAAAGAUAUCUUCUUGACAAACAAAACUCCAAAGCAGGCUCUGAAGGCAAUGUCCGAAGCAAUUGUCUCUCGAGCCACUGAAGAUGUACGAGGCAAAGCCUUCGUCCAUCGUGAUAUUACAAGUUAUAUCCUCCCUACAACCCUAUCCAUUCUGCAAGAGCAGCGAGACAAGUUCGAAAUACCAAUCUCAUCAAAACAGUAUAACUUCUAUACGGAUUCGAACUUGGUUGAGGCUCGAGCCUUGGUCCUCUUACUCCGCAAACUCAAGCUGCGAUUCAAGGAGCUGCAGGGUGUCGAUGAAAUUGGUCAUAUGCAGCCUUUGAUUGAUGUUAUCCAGGGUGCUGACAAGGUUCUGGAGCUUGUCCAUUCAGAUCCAUUGGCCAAGAUUCUGCCCAAGCUGGAACAACUUCACGCUCAUGUUUAUGAGUGGCAAUUUGGAGGAUGGGCGCCGGCAAAAUAUGGAGCUCUGGAGCUGUACAACUCCUUAACGGACAACCUUAUUAAGUGGCGAAGACUUGAGCUGUCUACGUGGGCAAACUUGUUUGACAUGGAGCAGGCCCGUUGCCAAGAAGAUGCUGCGUCUUGGUGGUUCAUUGCUUACCAAGUAAUUAUUGCCGUACCUCUCACCCUAGUCGACGCCCCAGAGGAUCUGAACAACUAUGCCAAUGCAUUCACUCGUGAUCUUGAGGCUUACUUCUCAACAUCCAUAGUUGGCCAAUUCCGCGGGCGUAUCGAUUUGCUACGACAACUCCGCGUUCACUUGGACAUGUUGACUAAAGAUUAUCCUUCGUUAACGGUAAUUGGUCGCGCUUUGUCGAAUUUCAUUGGGUAUUUCGCGCGAUACGAGAAGGCUGCUGAAACAGCAAUUGCUGAUGGCCGGGCACCUAUCGACAAGAAGAUGAAGGAUGUACUUUUGAUGGCAAGCUGGAAAGAUACCAACAUCAAUGCUUUGCGUGAGAGUGCAAAGAAAUCACAUCUGAAGCUGUUCCGACUGAUCCGCAAAUUCCGAUCUGUACUCGGUCAACAUAUGAGUAUCAUUAUCGCCAGAGGGCUUCCAGAGGAGACGCACACUCCGCUACUGCCGGCUACAACUAUCUUCCAAUCCCCCGCAUUGCCCAAAGCCAAACCAGCUUUAUCUUUGCUUGAGACACACAUUGCAGACUGGGCUACUACGCACAAGCGCCUUGCGAACAUUUCCACUACUACUUCUGUGCUACAGAGGAUUACGCAUAGCCCUGAGCUCGCCAACACUGCUUCUGCUUUGGUAGACAAUUUUGUUGCCGAAUUAGAAUCAUCGAUGACCGAGCUGCGUAAAGAAACGCCGCCUCAUCUUACAGACGAGAACACCUCAGAAGUCAAGCACCUCAAAACUCGAAAGCGCAAACUUUUCGCGGAUGCGCUCCGGGAUUUGCGCAACAUGGGAUUGAGAUAUAACCUGGCACAAGGGCCACUGGCCGAACAGUCUUCUCUCGCUACAAUUCUGACUUCCGAUGGUUCAUUAUCAAACUGCAACCUUGCGUCAACUGAGGAGGCUGACUACUACUUUCACAAGACACUUGAUCUCACUCCCAAGGUUCGCGAUUCUGCCCGUGAACACUCAGAAGACCUAUCAUCCGCCGAGGUUAUGCGCAGUAUCGGCUUUGUUGAAGGGUCAAUUUACUUCGCCAGGUCACAGCGUCGGAAGAUCGAGUCGUCCGUCACGUUGUUUGCAUCUCUUGAGCAAUCCAUUGUCAAGUUCGCUAGCCUGAGCAGCAGUACAAAUGUUGGUCCUCUCGCCAAUACAAAAGAACACAACAACUGGACUGCUGUCCUCCCCUGGCUAGUUGAAGUACUCAAGUACCUCGCUACUAUUAUUAAAUCCCAUGGCUCUCUUGCCUCCGAUAACCACACUGAUUUGCUUGAACAAGUUCAGUCCUGGACCCGUGGAUUUGAAGAACUGGCUGCUCAGUUAAGAAGUCUCCCUCAAUUGGGGCCAAUGAUCACUUCUCAUCGUCACCUUGAGCUACAGGCUACGUUCACAGCCGAAGUUGCAUCUUUAGAAACCGCACUGGAAGACUGGGCAACACAGAAACCCCAACUCGCAUUCAUUUUAAGACAGGUCAUUCCAUGGUCCACUGUUAUUAGUGAACCCGCCAAGCCACGACGAAUGGCGGGAAAGCUAACCAGAUUUGCAACCGAUGUCUCCAUUCUCUGUGACAAGCUGCUGGUAGCCGUUGAAAAUGCCCGCAAGAAGUCUUCCGACUUGCCAAAAGGAGACGAAGAUCCUGGUUGGCUACAGAAGUACAACGAUGAGUGGUUUGCCAUGCUCAAUGCCCUCCAUAUGAAGAAUAUUGCCACUGGCUUGGAUGACUGUCGAUCCUCCGUGGAGACAAUUGACUUGUUCUCUAACGAGGGUAAUCUCGUGAGCCACCUCGUUGCUGUCCUGCACCCAUUGCUUGAGCAUUUCCAGUUCCUUUGCAAGCAAAGCAUUGAACGGGCCGUUGAUCUCCAUAGGGCAUGUACUCAUAUGGGGUACAUCAUUACCCGAGCCUAUAGUCAGCUCUCUUCUCAAGGCUUUUGCUCACCCAAAGAAAAGUCAGAGGAAACAUCGGGCGAGACUGGCGAGCUUGAAUCCGGAACAGGAUUGGGUGAUGGUGAUGGUGCCGAAGACAUUAGCAAGGAUAUUCAGCCAGACGAAGACUUGUCAGAACUUGCUCAAGAACCCAACAAGGAUGAGUCUGGGGAAAUUGAGGACGAAAAAGACGCUGUGGAUAUGGCCGAUGAAGACAUGGAGGGUGAAAUGGGUAGCGUGGAUGGUGCUGAUGACGAAGAUGACGAAAAAGACGGAAAGGAGGAAGAAGAGGAAGAAAAUGAAAUGGAUGAAGAGGCUGGAGAUGUUGAUGAUUUAGACCCCACAGCUGUUGACGAAAAGAUGUGGGAUGGCGACGAUGAUAAAGCCGAUAAGGAUCAAAAAGGUGAUAAGACGGAUGGGCAACAAGACGAUGAUCAAGUGGCACCACAUGAAGACGAAGCAAAGAACGAGGAUAAGAAGAAGGAUGAAGUUCAAGACUCGACGCAGAACCCCGAGGAAGGAGAGGGGGAAGAAGAAGAUGAGGAGGAUGAAGAUGUACUAGCACAGGAGGAGCUUAACAGACAGGACCAAACUGUUGAAGAGAAAGACAACUUGGAGCUCCCUGAGGAUAUGGAGCUUGAUCUAGAGGAUCAAGAAGACGCUUCAUCUGAAAGUGGCGAUGACUUGGAUGGCAUGUCGGAUACUCAGCUGGAAGAUCAUGAUGAUAAAAUUGAGGAAGACGACACUCAUAUCGAUGAAGAAGCGGGCAAGCCUGAGAAUGUUGAUGAAAAGGAAGAUGAAGCUGCUGAGGAUGAGAAAAUGGAGGAGGACGAAAAGGGCGAGGGACAAAAGGAUGAGGUGGAUUCUAAUCCAGCCGACGAUGAGACUGAGGAUGCCAAGGAAGACGAAGAAAAGGCAAAGGAGGAAGACGCUCCAAAACCUCAAGACGACAAGACUGCUGACUUGGACAAUGCCGCUCCUAGCGACGUAAAGAGCUCAGGUCAAGAUGACAACACAGAUUCUAUGGAGUUGGACGAGAAGUUCCAAGCCAAUGCCGCCGAACAAAACGAAGGUGAUAUUGGUGAUGGUGCUGUCGAUGAAGAAACGAGCAGCGGAAAUAAGGGCGCCGCGUCCCAAUCCGAGCCGCAAAAUCAGCAAGACAACCAAGAGAAGGAUGACAAUGACUCUUCUGCUGCUCAACAGGAUCCAUUCAAGAGGCUUGGAAAUGCACUUGAAAAAUGGCACAGACAACAAAAGGAUAUACAAGCUGCCAAUCAAGAUGAAGAAAUGAAGCAUCAACCUCAACAAGAUGCUGAUGAGCAGGCACAGAAAGAAUUCCAACACUUGAAGGACGACGAGGACGCACCUGAUACGCAGGCAAUGGGAACGGCAGACAACGAGGAGGUGCAGCCAAUGGAUGACGCCAUGGCCAUCGAUGAAGAAAAGCAAGACCCUUCAAGCCGUGUUCUCGACGGAGAUGAAGACGAUGGGGAUGAGCAGGCCGACGACAUCGAGGCUGAUGAGCAACCUGAUACGGAAAAGACUGAUCGCGAAGAAGACAACAACCGAACCGGUGUCAAGACGAGACAAGGAAAUUACAAUCACGAUCCUACUCCUGAAGCUGACGAGGUCAAGAUGGAAGAAGACGAGGACCAAUCUCUACAGGACGCAUCCGAACAGCUGUUAACGACCCAUCUCUCUGAUGAGAAGCGCCUUCGAGACUUUGGCGAAUGCCUCGACGAAUGGAGCGAGUACCAAACACGAUCCCACAGACACUCGCUCUCUCUCACCUCUCAGCUCCGUCUUAUCCUUACUCCCUCCCAGUCAACCAAGCUGUCUGGAGCCUUCCGCACUGGUAAGCGCCUCAACAUCAAGCGCAUCAUCCCGUACAUUGCGUCUAGCUACAAGCGAGACAAGAUUUGGAUGCGUCGCGCGCUGCCAACCAAGCGAACAUACCAGAUCCUGCUCUGCGUUGACGACAGCAAGAGUAUGGGCGAAUCAUCGUCUGGCACCCUCGCCAUGGAGUCAUUGGUCAUGGUGUCCAGAUCCCUUACAAUGUUGGAAGCCGGCCAAGUCGGCGUUCUUGGAUUUGGAGCCGGCGUCUUUGACGCGCACCAGUUGACGGAGCCAUUCUCUGCCGACUCUGGUGCCAAGGUCCUGCAAAGGUUUACCUUCUCUCAAGACAGAACAGACAUUAUCCAACUAAUCCGCCAAACAAUCGAUACUUUCCGCGUCGCACGCCAGCAAUCUAGUGGCGGAUCUGACCUGUGGCAGUUGGCCCUUAUCCUGUCUGACGGUCUUACACCUUCUUCCGCUCAUGAUGGAAUCCGCCGUCUGCUGCGCGAGGCAAUGGAAGAGCGCAUCAUGAUUGUCUUUAUCAUCAUGGACGAUCGUGGCAAGAAGCAGGGCGACAGUGUCCUGGAACUCAAGGAAGCCAAAUUUGUCUCGGAGAAUGGAGAGAGCAAGGUAGUAAUUGAGAGGUACUUGGAUACGUUCCCCUUCCAGUACUAUCUUAUUGUGCACAAUUUGGAGGAGCUGCCGAGUGCAUUGGCAGGCUUGCUGAGAACAUGGUUCGCUGAAGUGAAUUCGUGAUUUUCUACAUGCUGUUUGAUUUACACAUUAACCGGUAUAUUGGACAACGGCGUACAUAGGGUUGCAAUUUUGGGCGUUUUGUUUUAUUUGUUUUUAGUCUGCAUGAAAAGUUCAACAUUAUAGAGAAUCAAUUAGAAUCAAUUACUAUUAUUUUUGUUACUUG